CAUCCAUUCCGUCGAAAGAGCGAUCUCUUCGGGCAUGGGCCUUGCUGUGCACACACUUUGCCCGGGCUGGCUACGGCCGGGACGAGACGUUCAACUUGUCAAUGGCGGUGGCACGAGCGCCGGCACAAACAAGCGUGAGGUCAGGAUGGUGGCCCCGUCACGGCUUCGUUCCCAACACGCCUCUCGCGGCUGUGCGCGGUAAUCGGCCAAUCGCCUCGGUCACGUUGCGUGGCCUGAGCGCCAUGUCGCAGAGUUUGGCUGCCGAGGCGGCGUCUGAUGUAGGAGCAGGAGAUAGGUCGUAUGGUCUGUGAUGAAACGCUAUCGGUAAUAGUGGGCGACGAAUGUCGCUUGGAUUGACGGCUUCGCCACCUACGCCUUGCGUACCAAACUCUCUGCCUUAGUCUU